UGUCAGUGACGCACAAUUCUAUUCUAAAUAAAAGUCACUAAGUGGAGUCUUGGAUCCAUAACAGCCUUCAAACUUGCAAAGGAAAUGACAAAAUAUAUACAGCAGAGAUUGGCAUUUUGUAGAAAACACUUCAGAGACCAAUACAGGUAUUAGAAGACAAAAUACUACAAUCAAGCUAAGUGAAAAACAGUAAUAUAGUAUCUGAAUAAUUUGCAAAAUUGUCAAAAUGAUGAAAAACAACAAGUAUGGGUUGAUGUCUAAUGAGGUUCCACCAGCUACAUCAGACAAUGGGACAUCUGAUAAAUCCCUAGAGAUGGGUGAUGGAGAAUCCAAUGCAGAAGCACGUAACAAAGCCUGGUUGGACAAAAAAGCUCUUAUUCUUGCAGUGCUACUCAUCAUAUGUGGCACUCUCGUCAUUAUCUUAGGAAUCGUAGUUGACGGCGAGAGGACAUUCACAUUUUUUAAAGCGAUCCCUGACUAUAUCUUAGCAAUAUUCAUGAUUGUAACAGGUAUCAUCGGGAUUUUUGCAGCAAAACGCAACACCAAACCAUUCAUUAUCACCCUGAUGGUGCUAACGAUAAUCACGACUGUGAUCUCUUGCUUAUUUAUUAUGCACCAUGGGAUUGGAAUUCAUGUCGAAGGUAAUGGCCUCUCACAUAUGAACCAUGAAUCUGUAACAAACUAUAACUGCACCCAUAAUUAUGAAUGGAAGGAUGAUGUGUACUGCUACAUACACCCAAAAUUUAAUGAAACAGUUGCUUGGAGGCGCAUUAAGAAAGAUCACGCACUUCAUACGAGAGCGGCUGCAUUGCAUUGCACAUUAAUGCUACUGUCUCUAGCAGCUGCAGUCAUCUGUAUUGUAGCUUCAGGUCUGACAUGUAAAGCGACAUGCUGUGCACCUACCCCACCAGUGAAGAUAGUGUAUAUACCUGUAGACAGUAGCGUCACACUCACAUCUCUUCAUAACAAGCCAUAGAAAUGUGAUAACUAUCUCACUGAAUAUGGUGACUAUCAGCCUUUUGAUCCAACAUGACAAUUUAAUGUCUACAAAAUGAUAAUUGGCCCCACAUUCUGUACAUUGAUAGGUAGGACUAUAAACAUUGUAAUAUGGGGUCUCCAAUGAAUUCAGGAAUCCAGUAUCACUGAAUGAAAUCUGUAACAAAUUGGUACACUUUUGUAACCAUUUGUUAUAGCUAACAGUGUUCUCCACAGGUUUUUUCUCAAGUGGAUGCAAAAUUCUCAUUUUUACCAUUUAAAUACGAACUCGGUCAAAAUGACAAGUGUCAGUUUGGAGAACAGUCUACUGGGCUAAUAAAUUUUUGAUGAAAAAUAGAGAAGUAACAUCCAAAUUAAAUUAUGAAUAUUCAAAAGAGGACAUUUAAAUCUACAAUAUAAAAAUAUCAAAAUUGUCCACAGCAGGCGUAAUGUGCAGUAGACCGAUUCAAUAAGACAAGUCUCAGUUUGGAGAACAAAGUUGAUCAGUCUAAUGCGCUAUUAAUUUUUUAAUGAAAAACAUAGAAAAACACGCAAAAUAAAUUAUGGAUAUUCAAAAGGGGACACUCAUAUCUACAAUAUGUAAAAAUAUCAAAAUUGUUCAAAGCAGCCGUAACAUGCAGUAGCCUGAUGAACUUCAUUCUCCAAACCGAGACUUUUGCUCAUUUUUCAUGAUUUUUCUCAUUUUCAAGUGGGUACAAAUGGAUUUUAGGUGGGUGCAAGCCUGUGUUUAAAAUCUCAGUUAGGUGCUGCGCCCACUUGCUUUAAUUCUGGGGAGAUCACUGGCUUAGCAGGUGCUGACAUUUUUAUGCUUUUUAUGUUAAUGACUUAUAUUUUAUUAUAUUCAACAUGUACAUAUAGUACACAUAUAGUUUUGAUAAAUACAUACAUGUAGCAAUAAAUGAUAUUGUUGUUGAACUAUGUAAUGCUGAGAUUAUAAUCUUUCAUUAUCCUUUCUGCACUAUCAGAUCUUCCUUUAGCCAUCUUAUAUGAGGCCUCUAUUUUGUUAUUGUAAAUCAUCACAUUUACC